CUACACACCCGGUUCGCGUUGUGCUAAUCAGACUAAUCAUUUAGAUUAGAUCCAGAUUUUUUCCAAUUACACGUCUAAUCUCUGACCUACCAUAAAAUCUAUACCUUCCGUUUAAAAUCAAUGAGUCACCGUGCAAAUGCAUCGCGCUUUCACGCGACGCGCUCUUCGAAUGCAUCGAACGACGAAAAAUCGGAAAUUAUUGAUCAUCCGCGAAUAUAAUUACCGUCAUCGUAGGCGAAUAACGCGGAUAAGGAAUCUCUUUCGAACGAUCGUGUAAACGUGGGAUGACGACCGCACGGAGUCAGGAAAACUUUAUUUGUUUCCCGAGGUUUGAAGGGAUUUAAAAGGGUACGGGGCACUUACUGGGUAACAGAUUUUGCGAUCGGUAAUAAAUAAUUGGCAACGACGGCUCUUCCGCCAUCAUUAUGGAAUAUCUCUUGGAAAACGGAGAAUCGUACUCGUCGUCUUCCGGCCACUCCAUGCUCUAGCCGCAGGUCCACGCGAAAGUUUCGAAUAUUCUGAUCGCGGGAAAAAUUUGCCGACUGUAUCCCAGAGAUACGGUUUCCACGGGCGCAAAUUAUUUGCUCUUUGCAGACAUGAAAUUAAUUCGGCUACGUCUGGCGACAGUCGAACGUCGGACGAAGCGUUCGUCAAAUCACGUGAGGGAACAAUGUACAACCACGGUUUCUUUUGGAAAAGUAAUCUAAUGGGGGGAAAAAGGCGGGUAAACGGCAAUCCGCGAUUUUUUCCAAUUAGCUUUGCAAAGUUUUCUCUCCGCUUUCGAAAAAUGAUCGAUGUGCGUAUCGUACUCGUGGCUGCGGCCAACGCUGCGCAUCGUGACGCAGUGUCGUUAAAGCUUCGUCGCCUCGUCUGACAGUUUAAAGAUGAUGACCUCUUCAGAAAUCGAGGUGGAGAAUCUCAACGAAGAGAAAAACGCGGAGGACUCCGCGAUUCUCGAAGUGAGCACGAUGCCUUUGGGCGGUGUUGCGAAGCAGGAGAACCGCGACGUUGAUUUCCUCUCGAACUGUAGCACGUCCGUCGAGGGCUCCGUGAUCGCGUCACCUUCGAUUGACAGUUUCUCUACUCUCCCAGAACAGGAGAUCUCAGAUUUCCAGACAGACUCCAGAGAUCUGCAAGUGAAAGUCGAUAAUCCACAGAAGCAUCUCGAGACUCUCGAGACUUACAUCACUUUUCGUAUAACGACCAAAUCGACGAGACCUGAAUACGAAGAGGGAGAAUAUGUCGUCAGAAGACGUUACAAUGAUUUUAUUUGGCUGCGACAGAAACUAGUGGAUUCUUAUCCCACACAUAUCAUACCACCGAUGCCUGGAAAGCACACGCUACUUGCUCAAUUAGAUCGUUACUCGAAAGAAUUUAUCAUAGCACGCAUGAAACUGUUACAUGUGUUUCUUAACAGAGUAGUGAACCAUCCGAUUCUUAGCUGCGACAAGAAUCUUCAUAUUUUCUUGACUACCAAACCCGCAGAGUUUCUUGUACGUCGUAAAAGUCGUGGGAACGUUCUCGUAAAAAUGACUGACUCUCUGCAAAACAUGGCGAGCACGUAUACUAUGAAACAACGUCAUUUCGAAUUCGAACAGAUUCGAGAUUAUUGCAUAGUCCUUGGCGAAAAGUUAGCGACGAUAGAUAAGAUAAAUCAUCGUAUACAUAAAGAGAGGCAAGAUUACUUGCUGGAAUUGCAUCAGUUGCACCCGAUCUUCACUCUGUGGGCAACCUCCGAGCCAGAAUUAGCUCCGUUCCUGUUGGCGAUCGCCAAAGCGAUUGAGUGCAACGCGAUGGCUCAUCAGAAACUGUUGGAGAAUAUUCCUAACGACGAAAGGGAAUAUAUUUCUUACGUAGACGCGGUUAAAGGCGCUUUGUCGAGACGAGAUUCGAUGCAGAUCGAGUACGAGAUGACCGUCGAUGAAUUGGCGAAGAAGAGACUCGAGAAGGACCAGCAGCUGAUGGGUUUCACGAGCGGUGCCUCCACGGCGCAGAAUUGGGGCGGGUCGCUUUGGAAGGCGGAAUCCCGGGAUGAAAAGUUGGAGAGACUCGGACAAGCCAUACCGCGGUUGGCGAAACAAGCGGAGUUGUUGCAAGACCGUGUCGAGUGCGCGAACGAAAAUCUGCGGAGCGAUCUGCAGAGAUGGAACGCGGAGAAGCAAACGGAUUUGAAAAGCAUGUUGAUCUCGAUGGCGGAUCGGCAGAUCCGGCAUUACCAGCAGUGUAUGAACGCGUGGGAAGAGAUUCUCACCGGUUUGAAACUCGACGGAGUCGGAUCCGACGUUAACGUAGGGCCGCCGAUCAAGAUCCCGAUUUGAACUUUUCAGUUUUUCUCGUCGAACGUGCACACACGUUGUCUCACGCAUUUACCAAGGUAAAACAAAGAAACGUGAAGCCAUCGAUUAAUGACAAACAUUUUAUUGCAUUUAUGAAACAGACCGUACCAGCUUCAUCGUGGCUGCUUCAGCAAAUUUAAAUAACUUUUAUCUCCCGAGUCUUAAACGUCUUCUCUCGAAAGAUCGGGCCGGUACUUACAUAUAAAUUACAAUGCAUCCGUUAGUCGCACAUUGUUGCACGUUUAUAUAUAUAUUUAUAUGCACGGGUGUACUAUUUGGAGUUUACCGAAAUUUCAAAUGGUACACCCUGUAUAUUCUGUUUGUCAGAUAUAAAAAAGUCUAUGGUAAAAUGGCUUUAUAAUACAAAUUGAUUGCGCGAACGUUCACGCGCAAACUUAAAUAAUAAAUGUUAUUCGAUCCUAUGGGAAAUCUAGCUAGGGCAAAUUUCGGCAUAAGAGAAUCAAAAAUUAGAACGUAAAUAUAUAAUAUAUAUAUAUUUUUCUUUUCGCGAAUCGCGUGUUAAUUUCGGGGGACCAAAAAUUACUAAAUACUUUGUCGUUAUUCGUUCUUCGCCUUACUUUGAAACCACCUACAAUAUAACACUCAUCGACAAUCAGUUCUUAGUUUACCUAUGUAUAUCUGGUAAUAAAUUACCAAAGUUAUCUAUAAGUGUAUAGAUAGUCAAUGUAUAGCGUUAGAAUAUAAUUUACAAAAAUUCAA